UAUCCCUCACCGUCAGCCGUCGCCGGCGAUGUACGGAAAUUUACACUUUUCCGGCCUUCCAUUUCCCUUCUUACUCCAUUGACGUCGAAGGCUUGUUUCAUCUUCUUAAAAGCACAAACCUUCACUUUCUCUCUCUAUUUUCAGAGAUUUAAGAGAGAGAUGGAUCUAGUCUUGCCAUUGAAGCCCCAAGUCAUUAUCUCCACAACCUAUUAUCCUUCACUCUUUUCACCUCUUCCUCCUUCUUCUUCAUUAAAAUUUCAAACCUUCCGUACACGUUUGGGGCCACAGUUCGCCCUCAAACGAGCUACAGUUCGCUCAGAGUUCGAUGGAAAAGUUAACGGCGCUCUUUCCGGUGAUCUCGACCCUCGUUUCCUCGACAGGCAAAAAGCAUUGGAAGCUGCAAUGAAUGAUAUAAAUAGCUCAUUUGGAAAAGGAAGUGUCACUAGAUUGGGCAGUGCUGGUGGAGCUCUUGUAGAAACAUUUCCAAGUGGUUGUUUGACGUUAGAUUUUGCGCUAGGUGGUGGUCUUCCCAAAGGGAGAAUUGUCGAGAUUUAUGGACCUGAAAGCAGUGGGAAGACUACUUUAGCACUCCAUGCCAUUGCUGAAAUUCAGAAGCUAGGUGGUCAUGCCAUGCUUGUUGAUGCAGAACAUGCUUUUGAUCCUGCGUAUUCUAAGGCAUUGGGUGUGGAUGUAGAGAAUUUGAUUGUUUGUCAGCCUGAUCAUGGAGAAAUGGGACUUGAGAUUGCAGAUCGUAUGUGUAGAUCUGGUGCUAUCGAUCUUAUAUGCAUUGAUUCCGUGUCAGCUCUCACUCCACGUGCUGAGAUUGAAGGUGAAAUAGGAAUGCAGCAAAUGGGAUUGCAAGCUCGUCUUAUGAGCCAAGCUCUACGUAAGAUGUCAGGAAAUGCUUCCAAAGCUGGAUGCACUCUCAUUUUUCUAAAUCAGAUAAGGCACAAGAUUGGUGUAUAUUAUGGAAAUCCAGAAGUUACUAGUGGAGGGAUAGCUUUAAAGUUCUUUGCAUCACUUCGACUUGAAAUACGUACUAUUGGGAAGAUAAAGUCUGUGAAAGGAGAUGAAGAGAUUGGUCUUAGGGUUCGUGUUAGAGUUCAAAAGAGCAAGGUUUCGAGGCCCUACAAACAAGCUGAGUUUGAUGUUACUUUUGGCGAGGGAGUAAACAAACUUGGGUGUGUUUUGGAUUGUGCUGAAAUGAUGGAUGUUGUGCUAAAGAAGGGUUCUUGGUAUAGUUAUGGAGAUCAAAGGUUGGGACAAGGAAGGGACAGAGCAUUGCAGCACUUAAGAGAGAACCCUGUUCUUUGUGAAGAAAUUGAAAAGAUUGUUCGGCCGAUGAUGUUAGAGAGGAUUGGUGAGGUGGGAUUUUCAAGUGCGCGGCACAAAUCCCAGCAGCCACAACAGGAAGAUGAGGAAUUUUUCGACGAGAUCCAAUAAGAUUUUUGGUGGAAACUAGGUCACAUCAGCAACAUGCUACUACUUUGUAUUUAUUUGACAUAUUUAAUGGCGGUUGCAAGUUCGAGUUUUUGUGCUUGGGAAUGGGAACUAUGAAAAAGGUUAAACACUUUUGUAAGAUGUUCUCAUUUUUACAAGUGAAGCAUCAUUUUGGUACAAAUAGUAACCCUAUUUAGGAGUGA